AUGUCACUCCUCCAGAAGCUGCUGGAUACUUGGAAGUAACAGACCUUAACUCAAAGAAAAUCAAAUACAUUGCUGUUCCAAGAUCACAGUCUCUCUCUCCAUAUACCACUUGGCUUUCCAAGAUCUCAGAUGCUGAUGCCCUGCUGGCACCACUGGGCAAAGUAGGUCUGGUUAGUGUGGACAUGGGAGGUGGUGUGAGGCUUUGGGAGACUGGGCUGGACAGCCUUCAGCGGUCACUGCAGGACUGGAGGAACAUGAUUGGCCAGGAAGAUGGGCAUCCUGUGCAGAUAACCAUUCAGAGGGACAGUGGUUUGGAUGUCAGUUCCCCCAAACAUGGAAAAGUGGAUCCAGACAACAUGCCGCAUGUGGAAUCCAUUACGAAUCUGGUCUCAAGGGACUAUAAAGACAAAUACUCCAUUGGAGUUCUUCUUUACCAUGGUGGGAGAGACACUGCUGGGUUAGGUGGCAAAGGUGGGCCGUAUCGACUGGAUGCUGGCCACAGGGUUUACCAAAUAUCUCAAGCUGAAAAGGAUGCUGUUCCGGAGGAGGUUAAGAGAGCUGCUCGAGAGAUGGGUGAAAAGGCCUUUAAACAGAGAUUGAAAGAGAUUCAGAUGAGCGAAUAUGAUGCAUCAACUUACGAAAGGUUUUCUGGAGCAGUCCGACGUCAAGUUCAGUCACUCCGCAUCAUCCUGGACAAUCUGCAGGCCAAGGGUAAGGAAAGACAUUGGCUGAGACACCAAGCUGUUGGAGAACUAGAUGAUGCUAAAAUCAUUGAUGGGCUGACAGGAGAAAAAGCCAUCUAUAAGCGACGGGGAGAACUUGAACCACAACCUGGGAGCCCCCAGCAGAAACCCAAACGCUUGCGCCUGGUGGUGGAUGUUUCCGGUAGCAUGUACCGCUUUAACGGGGUGGAUAGACGCCUGGAACGCUCCAUGGAGGCUGUCUGCAUGGUCAUGGAAGCUUUUGAGAAUUAUGAGCACAAAUUCAAGUACGAUAUCGUUGGACAUUCAGGAGAUGGCUUCAACAUUGCCUUGGUUGGGUGUGACAAAGUUCCCAAGAACAAUAAGCAAAGAUUAGAGAUUCUUAAGACCAUGCAUGCCCAUGCUCAGUUCUGCAUGAGUGGAGACCAUACCUUGGAAGGGACAGAGCAUGCCAUUCGUGAAAUCGCCAAGGAAGAGGCUGAUGAGUAUUUUGUUAUCGUCUUGAGUGAUGCAAAUCUCGAGCGAUACGGUAUUCGCCCAUCAAGGUUUGCUCAAGUCUUGACCACCAAUGCUCAAGUCAAUGCUUUUGCCAUAUUUAUAGGAUCCUUAGGAGACCAGGCAGACAGAUAUGGCAACAGUGAAAAACCUUUGCAGCAGCAGCAUGGCUUGAAGACCUCAGACCCCUCCAAGGCAGCACAGCAUGUGUCUGCUACCCAAACCAAGCAGUGUGUCAUGAAGAAAAGAGCAUUCUUGGGAGAGUUUGACAGCACCAGAGAGCCCUUAGACUGCAGCUACCGGGAGGACCAGGAGAUACGGAGAUGCUACAGCAAGAG